AUGCAGCAUUCUGCUCUGCCACAAAUGAAUGAUGCAGAGCGCAACGAAGCUGCAAGUGCAGCGAGCAUUGCCGAUACGGCACCUCCAAGUGUGGAGAACCACUGCGCAUCAACUGACGCACCGGGUACAGACAGUACACAGAAAGACGGUCGUGUAGCACAGGGCGAGGCAAGCAAACUGCAAAAGCUUCGACGUUCAAAACUGGAAUGGCUUCAGAGGCAGAAAAGUUUCGACACAGGAAUGGAGGGCACGGCUUCUGCCUUGGUACGGCCGCUGUCUGUGACGACGACAGAAGAAUCAGGGCCGGGUCCAUCUGAAGAAGCAACUCCAAGAGCUUCACAGGACCGUGUACUCACUAACCCAGCUUCCAGAGGCUCCGCACUACAGAAGCGACCUACUCGGGAGCGGCAGCAGAAGGCGUGCCGGGCUCUAGAGAGAAAGCUCAAAGGUGCGAGAAAACGUGCCUCAAACGCAGCGGCAGAAGCUGCGAAUGGUUCCCCGGCUGCCUUGAAGAGCUUGCCAAAGCUACAGAAGGCUGUCGAAAAGAGGACCCGUCAACUUCACGAGGCGCGGCAUCAGAACUCGGGGGAAGAACCUGCAAAUGUGAAUAGUAACAGAACAUCCGAUGGCGACGACAAGCUCACCAGAAGGAAAGGUGCAGAAACAAUGAAGUCUGAAGGCGAAGUCGUGCUUGGCAAGUCGAAUGCUUCUUCGACAACCCCGCCAAUUCUGCAGCCUGGUACAGCGGGGAACUCCUCUAAACGGAGUUUCCCGGGAGAGCAAGUACAGAGAACCAGAAAUAGUUCUAGUCGUGCAGGUGCGAACACAUCGCUAUCGCUGCGUUCAGAUCCACAUAUGGAUUCAGUCACUCGGCUUACCACUCUGCACAAAGAGCUCGAGAAUGCUGUCGGGUUGUGGGCCGGUGGGGUAAAUAAGGGUGGUAUGCAGAGGGUUCGCUUUCAACAAGAUGGUGAGGAGAAUGACUGGGCAUUUGUUGAUGAUGGGGACAUUAAGGACUUCAACGACCGAAUCCCAGAGAUGGCAUUGCGGUUUCCAUUUGAGCUUGAUGACUUCCAGAAGCGCGCUAUUUUGCACGUUGAGCAGAGGAACAGUGUUUUUGUUGCUGCCCACACAAGUGCAGGCAAGACGGUUGUUGCAGAAUACGCGAUUGCCCUUGCGGCGGAGCUUGGCUCUAAAGUGUUUUACACAAGCCCGAUUAAGACAUUGAGCAACCAAAAGCUUCGUGAUUUUCGAGGGAAGUUUAAGGAUGUGGGGCUUGUCACCGGCGAUGUUAGCAUCAACGAUGAUGCGCAGUGUGUCAUUAUGACAACAGAAAUCCUGCGUUCAAUGCUGUACCGGGGUGCAGACGUAAUUCGCGACCUUAUGUUUGUCAUUUUCGACGAAGUUCAGUUCCUGAACGACGAAGAACGAGGAGUUGUUUGGGAAGAAAGCAUUAUCAUGUUACCGCCACAUGUCAGUAUUAUUAUGCUAAGUGCAACAGUUCCGAAUGCUUUAGAAUUUGCUUCUUGGGUAGGAAAAACAAAAGAACGGAAAGUUGCUGUAGUUUCUUCACCGAAGAGACCCGUUCCUUUACAGCACGCAUGGCUACAUCGCAAGGCAGGGGAUCCUAACGAAGUGACAGAAGCUGUUUUGCUUCAUGAAGGCGGGUCGUUUUUGAUGAACAACUACGUCGCAGCUCUGCGCAGUUGCAAAAUGAAAGACAGCAGAGAACAGAAGGCAAAGAAAUCAAAGUCCAAGUCUGCAUCGACCAAGAAAGCGAGAAUGAGUGUGGAGCAGGCCAAAGACGAGAAGACAAAGGAUGGUGCGGGACAGGACCACAAGCUCACGGAGAAGGAAGCCCAUGACAGUUUGCGAAUUGAAGGAAACCAUGUUGUGUGGGGACGAAAGGACGCCGCAGAAACAAAUGGAAUGAACGAAGCCACGCAGGGCGCCGAGCAAGGUGAUCAGGCUGAGGAGAGAAGGACAGGGAAAAUGGCAACGAAAGGGGCAUAUCGGAACAAAGAGAAAAGAAUGGAUUUGAGGAACGAAGGACAAGGCCGAAAUAGGUUGCCAUCCAUAUGGACGCCGCUGGUUCGUUUCUUGGACAAGGCAGAUCGAACACCGACUGUUGUGUUUUGCUUUUCUAAGAAGAAAUGUGAAGUGGCAGUGGAGUCGUUGGAACACAGCGACCUGCUACCCAACACAGCUGACAAGGCGUUUGUGCACCAGUUUUUCAACAAGUCUAUCACGAGCCUUAGAGAAGAAGACCGCGCUCUGCCCCAAGUUGAGCGAGUGAGAGCCAACUUGAUGAGGGGUAUAUCCUCACAUCACGCCGGUCUCCUUCCUCUGAUAAAAGAGAUUACAGAGAUUCUGUUUUCGAAAGGACUGGUUAAAGUCUUGUUUGCGACCGAGACUUUUGCCAUGGGAGUGAACAUGCCCGCAAGAACGGUGGUUUUUGCAGCAAUUCGCAAGCACGAUGGACGCCGUUUUCGUUACUUAGAGUCUGGGGAAUAUACUCAAAUGUCAGGUCGCGCAGGUCGUCGUGGAUUAGACGCGGUAGGUCAUGUGUACCUAUUUUUCCCACCGGACGAACGCUUUCCAGAUGUGAACCAGUUGCGUAAGGUAAUGACGGGGACCCCUAUUUCUCUUGCGUCUGCGUUUCGUCUGACCUACAACAUGAUCUUGAAUGUGCUACGAGUUGACGAAAUGCGAGUAGAGGAGAUAAUGAAGCAAUCGUUUUCCGAGGCAGGAAUGGGAGAUAAGGCCAAAGACAUUGCUUUGGUUCUUGCCGAUGCCGGGAGCGCAUUGGGGAAACUGGCUCUAUCUACGACGGGAAAUAAACCGACUAUGCAGCAAGAUACCAAAGAUAAGAACGGAGAUGGUACUUUGCAGGUCUACGUCGCGAAAUUUAGCGAGUACUACGAGCUCAGCCAAAAGAUGUUUCGAGAAGCCAACUACAGGUAUUUGUUUCAGCGUGCGAUCGUGCCCGGUCGGCUGGUGAUCGUAGAAGUUCAGCCAGGGCUGUUAUCUCUGGCGACAGUGUACUCAAUUCCUGGAUCCACCAAAAGAUCUGGAUCUGCCAGAAGAUCACGGAGAAUCACGCAAGAUUCAGCCGUUUGGGUAGCAGCACUGACAGGAGUAGCCAAGUCGCGGCACGCAGCGAAUCCAAAGUCGGUGCUAUUUAUUCCUGAACUGCAGCCUUUGCCAGACUCGACGGUGAACCAUCCACAGAUAUGCACGAGUGAUGGCCUUGUGGUCAUGUUGGUGGAGAUCAUUGCGUCGAAGAUUCUAUACAUCUGCAACGAAUGCGAUCCGUUAAUAACCACAGCACGAGUGGAUGAACAGGAUAGGGCGUCGACGAGGUGGUAUUUUUCUCGAAAAAGGGCACAUGACGAAGGGCAAAGGGUGAACAAGUGGAUGUGGAAUUCGGCAAAGAAGACGUUGCAUGCAAACGCAGUGUAUGUACAGAUGGUUGUAUCAAGGUGGAGACGUAAGGAGCGGUCGGCAAAUGUGCAAGCCGCGGAUUGCUUCCCCGUGGAGAUGUUUUGCGUAGGGACUGGGAGUGGGAUGGAACCCGGAGACGCAGGAUAUACAUCGCUGGUGGAAGAGCAGGUCAAUCUUCGCACGCACUUCAUUGAACUAGUUACAGAUCGUAGGUUUGGCAAGGCGGUGACGGCUUGUGUGAGAGAGGAUGGGUCUGUGCGCAGAAUUGAAAGGAUGGUACUCGAAGAAAAAAUCAGCAGGCAGAUGAGAGCUCUCAGGACGGCGUCUGACGAGGGAAAUGAGCCGAGUUUGCUUCCCGAAUACCUGAAACGGAGCGAGGUGCUGCAGAAGCUGAACUACGUGGACACUGACGGGUUGGGAGUGAAGAUGAAGGGACGGUGUGCAUGCGAGGUCUCUACGGCGGAUUCUGUGGUUCUGACAGAAAUCCUUCUGGAUGGGGUUUUGGAUGGGCUCGAGGAAUCGGAGAUUUGCUCUUUGUUAUCCAGCCUCGUGUGCCGAAAGAAGAACGCGAGCGGUAUCCACGACGGGGACGAGAAGCGGUAUUCGGAAAAGUACUGCGAGGCAAAAGACAAGAUGCGGGAAAUCGUGCGAAAGGUGGGAAAAGUGCAAGAAGAAUGCGGUGUGGCGCUGGAGUUUGACAUUGCGAACGGCGGGGACGAUUACGAAGCGGCGAUAUGCCGGUGGGAUCUUGCGCAGGCGGUGUAUGAGUGGGCCAGGGGGAAGCCGUUCUUCAGCUUGAUGUCGUUGACUGAGCAGCAGGAAGGGGACGUGGUGGUGUGCGUGAAGCGGCUUUGCGAAUUGCUGCGGGAUGCGCAGAAGGUUGCCAAGGGGAUCGGCAACGAGGACCUGGAGCACGUGCUCGAGGAGGCGGUGAGCUGCAUCAGACGGGACGUGAUUUUCAAUGGUUCGCUGUACUAUGAGAGCGCGACCGGGCGGGCGGAAGGGGAGGGGGCGCCUGAGGGUGAAGGCCGAGGGUGAGGUUGAGGUUGAGGUUGGGGGGCCUGAGGGGGCGGGGGAGGGCGAGGCGGAGGAAAGAAGUGCGGUGGAGGAAGUUGGGUAGCAACGGGGACGGCCGCGGUACAAAAGGGAGUCAACCUUGGGCUGUGUAUAUAACAGUAAAUAGUGUUAAAGCAGUGUUCAAGUAUAAAAAGUAAGGCACGAAUGUA